CCAACACAACUCUACCGCGGUUGUGGUGAGAGAGACCUGACUGACUGCAUCCACGCUUGUGACCGUGAACUGAAAUUACCUAAACUGAGUUUCUUUCCGAGCCUUUGUUUCUUUAAAGCGCUCUCUUCUGUUAGUGUGCUAAAGAAUCUAUUGUAAUCGAGGACACGCGCGACGUGGAACCACUAGAAACAUGAGCAAAGUCCAAGGCGGGAUGAAAUGUGUGAAAUACCUCCUUUUCGUUUUUAACUUCAUAUUCUGGCUGUCCGGCUCGCUGGUGGUGGCCGUGGGCCUGUGGCUGCGCUUCGACCCGGACACCAUCUCGCUCCUGAACGGAGAUGACGCCCCAGACACCUACUUCAUUGCCGUGUACAUCCUCAUCGUUGCUGGAGGGGUCAUGAUGCUGGUGGGAUUCUUUGGUUGCUGUGGGGCUGUGCGGGAGUCACAAUGUCUUCUAGGAUUGUUCUUCGCCUGUUUAAUGAUCAUCUUUGGGGCGGAGGUGGCCGCAGGAGUCUUUGGAUUCUUGAACAAAGACACGAUCAUUAAUGAGGUUGAGGGCUUCUACCUGAGCUCUCUGCAGGAUAAUUUGACCAAUGGCACCAACGUCGCCACCCUGUACCACACUGUUCUGCAGUGCUGUGGAGGCACCGAACCCAACCCGACCCUGUGUCCAGACGCCGAGACUGAGAAUUGUGUGGAGGCCAUCGAUGAGUAUUUCAAUGAAAAGCUCUUCAUCAUCGGAUAUGUGGGGAUUGGUAUCGCAGGGGUUAUGAUUAUUGGGAUGAUCUUCAGUAUGGUUCUGUGUUGUGCCAUCCGAAACAACAGAGAAGUCAUUUAAUCCCCUCAGUUAACUACCCCCCACCCCAACUCCCUCACCUCCCCCAAAUCUCCCAUUCCCGUCCCCAGCCUCAGCUCAGUUAAGCUGUCCCAACCUCUGCAUUUGUGGUGGGAUGGGUCACUCCAUUUGGACUUUGACGUUUGGGGGGGUGGGGGUGGUUGUUCUUUCAUAGGGACACAUAGCACAAAAAAACACUCCAAAAACAUCCAUAUUUGUCCAAUUGGGGUUUAUUUCAGUGGUGUGUGCGGGGUCUGAUGACAUCAUUCGUAGGAGAAGCAGUGGUUUCCCUCAAAGCUGGACUGGACCUGCACUGACUUGCCCCUACCCAUUUGAAAAGUAAUUCCCCUUUUGUUUGCACAUCACACAUACCUGCUCAGUCCUCACCCCUCCUCCACACACACAUAGCCCGCCUGCCAUAUUUGUGUAGACAGAGGUGCACACUGUACUGUGCAUACAGCUGAGGCUCGGAUGGUGAGAGUCUUCAUAAAGUCCGCUUUGUCUUCUUGACCGCACAGAGGUACGAUUCACACACCAGUAAACCUAACACAAUCUGACUCAGUGUAAACCAGACCAGGGCCUCUCAAAUCCUCCCCACUCUGCAUGCGAUCCAUCUGUCUCUGCUCAGCAUACCUGCCUAAGCUUGUCAGAGAAACACACGAUGACAGAUGAUUCUGCCAGUAAAAAGCAUUAUAAUUAUUCUGACGUCAGGCAGUAUGGCUAGUGCUUAGUUAGUGCAGGGAUAGAUAGAGUAUUCUAAACAGGGGAGAUGCAGGAGCUGUGCUGAAAAGCUCUGGCUUAGAUAAGAUAACAACCAAUGUUGGACUCUCACUCUCUGACCCUCAGGUACCUCUAUGGUGAACGUUUCACGAAUGUGCUGACACGCACUGCAAGGUUGAAAGAUUGGUUGUAAAUAUCUCAAAUAAGAUGCAUUGUCCAGAUGUUUGUCAUUCUCUCCACAUCUGUCAUUGCGUCGUUCCUCAUUACUCAGCUGGGGUUGUGUGGCAUAACCCAGUUUCAGCCUUAUUCACACUUUCUAACUGCCUUUGGUCAUAAAUCAUGUUGUUUGCGUUAACAUGCGCCAGCUGCCUAGCUAGGUUGUAAAGUACAAGCCAUCAUCACGACUGAGGACACCUGCACAUGAACUACACAGGCUGUCGCUGUCACAGCAGCAGGUAUGACGAGUCUGGAAGCUCUCACUUGCGAAGUCUAAAGAAGUGUCACGAAGUCUCACAAAGUCUGACGAAUCAUCUGGCGCUGCUGCUAAUACAACCGGGGUGAAUGUGCUUCUAACACGUUUAACAUAAUGACUUAAUCCUGGUCAGUACACUCAGCCAGUCCCGUGGCAAGGCCUGGUGAUGUCAUGACCAGCUUUCAAGGUUCACUAACUUACUUUCAGGCCAGUCCUUAUAAAGAGUGGACAUGGGUUUUCACCCAUAUUUUUAGCGCAGGACCACAACAGCAGCAUCACAACAACAGCACAAUGGUGAAAGUGAACUAUUCCCAGGAUAUUUCUCAGCUAAUGCAUUGAUAAUUCGUUAUAAUAAUUAUAAUUAUAAUAAUUGGUUCAACAAAUUAAACUUUGUACAUAAUGACAGUGUAUACAGAUUUGUAGCAAAAUAACUAGUAAUACCUGAAUUUUUAGUCAGGUGUAAAAACCCAUAUAAAAAAACUGAAGUAACCGGCAAAAGUCAGUCAUGAUAUUCAACCAGGGUGUUAGCCACUCUCUUCGGGAUGUGAAAUUCAUUUGGAUUAUUGAAAUUCCCUAGGCAUGGAUUAUUUUGUAAAGAAAUGAACUGAAUUUGUUUCAGGUGAAGUGAACUCGACCUCAGAACUCGCUUGCUUACCUGUAACCAGCACUGCCUAAAUGGCUGGAGGCUCUGGGAUGGGCCCAAAGCCAGCAUUCGUGUCAGAUCAGGGUGGCUCCACACCAUGUGGGUUUGGUCUGAUCCCUUUGUCUCCAGCUGUUGGACUGGGGUCCAACUUUUCUGUGCCUUUUCAGAAGCAUACACUCCUAGAAAAGAGGGUUUCUGGAACUGAGGAGGGAAUCUGGGUGUUCAGCAGAUAGCUUUUUUAAAUGUACAAAUUUGCCCCCAUUUGGAUUGGAAUCUCAGUUGAAAAUCACUCUUGCACGUAUUUCCUAAAAGCGUCGCUGGGCAACCACUGUGGUGAUUGAGAGAGAGUGUUCAUGAUGAUACUCUCUAUCAUUUAAUGAUGAUGGUGGUCAAACAACGUUUUUGAGAAACACACCCACCCUAUACAGUAGCUGACAACCCAGGAACCCUCAAAGUGUUCCAGCAAGAACCUAUCCUUUCUGAACAUGAGGUACAGGAACUGGUUAGGGUUCUCAAAUGCACCCAUUUUUUGGGAGUGUAUUGGGCAGGCACAGGUUUGUUUAUGGGCUCAUUCUAAGCAUGCUCUGUGUGUGUGUGUGUAAACUGUUGCUGUGAAGAACUGUACAUUUUUGUGUCAAACUGUAAUUUCUCUAUGUUGUGACAGUCCUUUUUUGGAAUGGACUCAAGAUGUGUAUACUCUGGCUGGUGUGUAGAUUUGUGUUUGCUAAUCAUGUAAAAGAAAAAAAAAGAAAAAUGGAUGCUUUUCAUAGCAUGACGUUUUGUAGCAGUUUCUAAAUAUGAAUUGCUUUGAGAAAUAAAAAUAAUGAUAUCACAUUU